GAAACCCUUCAUCUCCCAUGGUCUGAAGAAAUACAACCCCAACCCCAUGGCCUCCUCUUCCGCUCCUUACAUUCCCCUCCUCGAUUCUCCAGAAAAAACCCUCGCCAAGCGCAAGAAAGAUCCCGCCUCCGUCCAAGAAAAGCUCGCCUUCCUCGCCCGCGACCUCCGCCCGGUCCCCUUCUCCCCUGCCAAACCCCUCGCCUCCCUCUCCCCCCACGAGCCACUCCUCCGCGCCCUCGGCCUCUGGGACUUCGCCCGCCUCCCCCUCGACCGCGCCAUCCGCUCCGACCUCCUCUCCCUCCUCAUCGCCCACUACGAUCCCCGCACCCACCGCAGCCUCGUCCGUAAUGCCCGCGUCGCGCUCGGCCGCGCCGCCUUCGCCCGUGCCCUCGCCCUCCCCCUCUCCCUCCCUGUAGAGAAAGAAGAGGAGUUUAACGCCGAGCUCUUCUCGGGUAAGGCGGCCGUUGCGACCGUCAUGGAUUUCAUGAUGAAUUGGAUUGUCUUUCUCGAUGAUGCUUGCGUUCUGCCAGCGGAGGUGGUCGCCGCGACUCGGCUGGUGAAGGACGGGCGGCCGCAGAAGGUGGACUGGGCUGGGUUGGUGUGGGCCAUGGUGGAGAGGGAGAUAUUGGAUGCCCCGAGGGCCGGGCGGUGCUACUACGCCUCGCACCUGCAGUGUUUGAUGAAGCGCCAGCGGCCCCAGCUGUUCGAAGAAGAGGGCGAGCCAGAGAUGGACAUGGAGUUGGAGCAAGAGAUUAAGGUCGGUCUGGUUGAGGAUGAAGAUUGUGCUGGCAAUGCCGGACCGGAGUUGGGUCUGGAGAAUUGUGGUCUCAGGUCGACUUUGAGGCUCUGCAGGGAUGUGGAUGCUGGGGAUGGUGUCAAAGAGGAGCCUUUGGAUUUGGAAAGGAAGGAUGUGGGUGUUGACGAUGUGGGUGUGAAAUGUGAGAAUUUGAACAAAGGAGAAGAAUUUUUAGCCAUGAGGACUGAUCCUGUACACAAGAAAGUGAUGUUAGACAAUGGACCGAGUGCGGUUUUCUUGUUUUGGAAUUACUGUAUGGGGGUAGCUGGCGAGGUUAAUUAUGAUGAUGAUGCUCGUGUUUUUGAUUGUAUCGUUCAGCAGAAAAGGAUGCAGAGUAGGAGGUCCUGUGAACACACACAACCGCCCGUUGAUGCUUGCAUGGAUCAAGUGCAGGACUGGAUGGUUAAGGCUAAGAUGAUGUAUUUAAAGAAGAAGCAGGAAUGCAUGAAGGCCCAUUUGGAGCUGCAGCACUUGAAUCAGAUGCUGCAGCAGAAGGACCAGAUCAUCUGGUCAUUGGAGAAGAAGCGAGAAGAGGAGAUGAAGAAGAGGAAGUUGGAGGCUUGCCAGUUUGACCAUGAGCUCAGAGCCAUUGGGCAUUUAGUUCAUGAUUAUAGGAAGGCUUUGAAGAAGACACGCAGUGCAUUUGCUGAAUAUAGAAAACGGUUUCCAGAGGGUGACAAACCUCUUUACAAGGAUGCAUGCGGAACUGGUGGUGCUGCUGUUAGCACAAGGGAGCUGGAAAUGCAGAGUAUGAAGAAAGAGGCAGAAAUGCGCCAUGUGGCUGCAAAGAUGAUCAAUGAUUUUCAAAAAGUCUGGUUUGCGAAGCUUGGUGGAUAUGCUAAGUGGGCUACCGAGUUGGCCACAAGGUUGGUAAAUCUGAAAGGAGAAACUAAGAUUCUUCAGGAAAGGUUUGCCAUCCAUGAUCUGGAAACUAUGAUUCAGUAAGUCUUUAAGAUGCUUGCAAAAUGUGACUUGCGCAUAGGAUCCUUGUUUUCUUUAUCCUGAUAAUUAGAUGGAGAUUUAAGUGAUGUUGCAAUGGGUUUCACAUUAAGAAGAAUCUUUUAAUGCUUUCUGUACAUGAAAAUGUUUUAUGAUUUGGACCUCAGCUGAUGUAUAAAUAUUUUGUAGAUAGUUGUAACAAGAUUGUUGUUUAUGAAGCUUGCAAAAAUUUGACUUUC